GAGACACCGGUACCGGCACCGGGGCCGUGCAGAGACACCGGGUCCCGCAGCGGUACCGGGGCCGUGCAGAGAUCCCGGCACCCGCAUCAGUACCGAGGCCGUGCAGAGACACCGGGUCCCGCAUCAGUACCGGGGCCGUGCAGAGACACCGGUACCGGCACCGGGGCCGUGCAGAGACACCGGGUCCCGCAUCGGUACCGGGGCUGUGCAGAGACACCGGCACCCGCAUCGGUACCGACACCGGGGCUGUGCAGAGACACCGGCACCCGCAUCAGUACCGGGGCCGUGCAGAGAUCCCGGCACCCGCAUCGGUACUGGGGCCGUGCAGAGACACCGGCACCCGCAUCAGUACCGGGGCCGUGAAGAGAUCCCGGUACCCGCAUCAGUACCGGGGCCGUGCAGAGACACCGCCACCCGCAUCGGUACCGGGGCCGUGCAGAGACACCGGCACCCGCAUCGGUACCGGGGCCGUGCAGAGACACCGGUACCGGCACCGGGGCCGUGCAGAGACACCGGCAACCCCAUCAGUACCGGGGCCGUGCAGAGAUCCCGGCACCCGCAUCGGUACUGGGACCGUGCAGAGACCCCCGCAUCGGUAGCGGGGCCGUGCAGAGACCCCAGCACCAGCACCGCCGAGACAGCCCCGGCACCGGCACCGGGACAACCGACACUCCCCCGGCACCCGGACUGGGACCGCCCAGAGCCCCCCGGCCCGGGCCCGGCCCCCCGCGCCAUGGCGGGCGGCAGAGCGGGGUCCCGGCGGCGGCCGAUGACCUUGGCCGAGGCGGGCCCGGGCACGGAGAACGAGCGGCUGGGCUUGGUCCGGCUCAGCAUGCUGCGCAACCCGCUCAUCAUCAAGCCAGAACUUGGAAAGCCCAUGAGAAACUGCUACUCCCUGCCAGGCCCUGAUUUUACCUAUGGGAUAUACGUGCACCAGAGAGAUGGAGGAGUCCCUGAAGCCAUAGGCCACUGGGAUUCAGUGAAGGCCAAGCCUCACAAAAGGGUCAUGCCCCGAGACUUCGUGGCCAUGGGCCGUGCAGCUGUGGACGAGGGCUGCACCACAGCCCGGGACUUUGCUCUCUACUACAAGUACAGGGACAUCCGCUGCAAGGACAAGGGCAUUCUCAGAUAUGGGGGCAAGGUACCUCCAGGCAUGACUUUUGGCAAGCCACCACGGCCUUCCACUCCCUUUUUUGACCUCAUGCAACACAGAUACAAGGAACUGUGGAUGGAGGAGCAGAGAGCCCGGACUGUAGUCCAGCACGUGGUGAAGAAAAAGGUGGGUGAGGUGCGUGAGAACCGCACCACGUUCCUGCGCACGCACCCGCUGCCGGUGAAGGAGGAGUCCUUCUGGCACCUACAACGCUUCGAGAAGGUUGAGCCUCACCUCAGGACUUUUCCAGACCCUGAAUCCCGUAAAAAGGCUCUCAGUGCCUCACGUUGAGGAGUGCCUGUGAGCUGUCCCCUUCCCCAGAGGGCCCUCACAGCAAGGAUGGUGCUGGGCACAGCCCUUGGAGCCUGGGAUUCCACAUGCAAUGACUUUCUCUCAGGUUUUACAGAGUUAUGCUAACGCAGAUAUAGCCAAAUAAAUCACAAAUAUAAGAGGAA